UUCUCGUCGUCGGUCGUCGUCGUCGUCGUCGUCGUCGUCGUCGUCGUCCUCGUCGUCGUCGUCGUCGUCGUCUUCGUCGCCGCCGUCGUCUUCGUCGCCGCCGCAGCUCCUGUCCCAGCUCCGCGCCGCGCGGGCCUCCCAAAGCUCGCGCGUGCCCGUGCGGGCUUCUUCGUCUUCCGGAGGAGCGGGUGCGGCAGCAGGGCCUGGCGGCCGACAUCGAGUCGGUGCGCCGCCGGCGGGCGGAGCGGGAGGCGGAGCUGUCGCAGCUCCGCGCUCGGCCCGUGGCGGCUGCGCUGCGCAUGACGGAGCAGCAGCGCGUCGCCUUCGAGGCCUGCGCCGCGAGGGCAGACGCCUCCAACGCGCGGGCGCGGGAGCAGCUGCGCGAUGCGGAGGAACAGCUGGCUGUGCUGACCCGCGAGCUCGCCGCCGAGCGCCGGGACCUGGCGGACCUGGAGGGCAAGCGCGGCCGCGCCGCGGCCAAGCUGGAGGACCUGCAGGCCGGCCACGCGGCCCAGGCGAGGGAGCUCGAGGGCGACGAGGCCGCAAUAGAGCAGCGCAGGGCGCAGCUCGCGAAGGCCUCGGAGGAGGUGAGGAAGUUCGAUAAGUUCAAGGACUCCCUCGCGGAGGAGCAGCGCACGCUCCGAACUCAGCUGGACUCUGCCCAGGCGCGCCGGGAGCGCCUGGACGAAGUCGAGGCCAGGCAGCGCAUCGCCGACGAGCUGCGCAGCCUCCACCCGGCGGGCGUGGUCGGUCGCUUGAGCGAGCUGGUCCUCCCGAGCCAGAAGCGCUUCGGCCUGCCGCUGCAGAGGGCCCUGGGCAGCAUGGCCGAGGCCUUCGUGGUAACAACCUCCGCCGUUGCCAGAGAGUGUGUGGCCUACCUGAAGGUGAAGCGGAUCCCGACCGAGACUUUUCUGCCGCUGGACCGCAUGUCGCCUCCCGAGGUUGGGCCGCUGCACCUCCUGACGCAGGACCGGCAGGCUCGCCGCCUGGCGACGACGUGCGUCCAGCACAACGAGAAGUUCUUGGAUCGCAACCCGCGCUGGCUGGCCCAAGGCCCCGCGCUGGUGGACAGGGCCAUGGAGAUCCUCCUCAACAACACGGUCAUCGUAGACGACCUGGAGGAGGCCCGGGAGACCGCGUACCGAGACGCCCGGCGCGGGAAGCUGCAGUUAAAGCCGAGGGUCGUGACGCUGGGGGGCGAGGUCAUAUCCCCGAACGGCGACAUGUCCGUGCAGGCCGCGGGUGCAGGAGGCCGCUCGGUGGAGUUUGGCGGUGCGGACCUGCUGCAGGACAUCAAGGCCCAGGAGCAGAAGCUGCAGCUGGUGGAGAAGGACCUCGCCACGCUGCGCCAGGAGAGCGGUCGGUGCCAGCAGCGGGUGGCGCAGGCGCGCCGCGAGCUGGAGGAGCUGCAGGCCCAGCUGGACGCCAAGAGGGGGCGGCUGGGGGCGCUCGAGGCGGCGCGGGCCAGCGAGCAGAAGCUGCUGCUGGCGCUCGGGGCCCGGGCUGAGGAGAUCGCGGCCCGGGUGUCCCGGGAGGCGGCGCGGCAGGAGGAGCUGCAGGGGGCGAAGGAGGCGCACGAGGCCGAGCUGCUCCGGAGCGGCAGGCAGCACUUCGCCGCGCUGAGCGCGGAGCUGGGCGUGGAGGACGUGCGCGAGCUGGUGAUGCGCGAGCAGCGCGAGCGGCGGCAGCUGAGGCUGGAGCUGGAGGAGCUGGAGGACGCCGUGCGCGCGCUGCUGGGCGAGGAGCAGGGCCUGGAGAGGCGGACCAGCGGCGGCGGGGCCCAGCUGGAGGCCCUGGCGCAGGACUGCGCGCAGCACCGCCGCGAGAUCGAGGAGAACCAGAAGAGGCGGCAGGACCUCGAGGAGCGGCAGAGGGCGUUCGAGGAGAGGGUGCGUGCGGGCGCCUCGAAGGUCCAGGAGGCGAACAGGGCGCGGGAGGUGGCCGACCAGGCGGUGAGGGUCCAGCGCACCGAGCUCCAGCGCCAGAAGGUGAGGGCCGACGAGGCCAGGAGGAAGAUCAGGGGGCACCACGAGAAGGCGCGGGUGGUGCUGAGCAUGGAGUGCGCCAUCCUCCGCGACUGCGCCGACCGGCACGUCGAGGUCCCCUUGCUCGUCAAGGACGACGCCGCGCUGGAGCGCGUGCUCUCGCGGGCCGCAGACCUGGACGAUCUCCCCUUCCAGGAGCUCGAGGACGCGUGUUCGAAGAUCCGGGUGGACUUUUCCGGCCUGCCCGACGCCAGGAAGGAGCAGGCAGAGCAGACGACGGUCCACGACACCAAGGUCGUGGAGGCGGAGUACGAGGCGGAGGUCGUGGACAUCCUGCGGGAGCUCGAGGGCCUCUCGCCCAACAUGCGGGCCCAGGAGGAGUUUGCGAGCGAGGAGCGGCGCCUGCGGGACAUCUGCCGCGAGGCAGACGAGUCGAGUCGGGAGGCCGACCAGCUCGCGCGGAGGUUCGAGGAGGUCAAGACCGAGCGGGUGUCCCGGUUCAUGAAGUGCUUCAAGCACGUGGAGACGAAGGUGCACCCGUAUUACAGGGAGCUCACCUCGUACGACGGCUUCGACGGCGGCUCCGCCUACCUGGACCUCGACGACACCGAAGAGCCCUACAACGGGGGCAUCACGUUCACCGCCUGCCCGCCCGGCAAGCGCUUCUUUCCCAUGGAGCUACUCUCGGGCGGCGAGAGGUCAAUGGCCUCGAUGGCCCUCCUGUUUGCCAUGCACUCGUACCAGCCGCCGCCCUUCAUGAUCCUUGACGAGGUGGACGCACCCUUCGACAGGAAGAACACGGGCUCGCUCGUGAACUACCUGAAGAAGCUGAACUUUCAGUGCCUCGUGAUCUCGCUGAAGGACACCUUCUUCUCGCAUAGCGACUCCAUCGUCGGGAUCUACAAGGACAAGGAGCUCCAGACCUCUGGCAGCCUAAGCCUGCCGCUGCAGCGCCUCGGCGACGAGUCGCAGGGCGCCGGGGCUCGGGUGCCGGCGGCGAAGGCCAUCGCGGAGGCCGAGCGCGGGAUGUCUGGCGUGUCCGGCAGCCAGGCGUAGUCGCGAUGCCUCGGUAUCGUCUGACCUGUGCAUUCGGGGCCGAUGCGCACCACCCCGCCGGCAGCACGGGCGCGCCACGGGCUGCGCCGCGCCGCGCCGUGGGCAAAGCCACGACGUGGGCGCCACGGCCGCCGCUCGGCCUCUCUGGGGCCGAGCUCGGGCGGCCGCGCGCCGCGCCGCCGGGGGCGAAAAACGGACGUGUGCCUUCCGGGCACCGCGUGGGCCGACCGCCUCUGGGCCUGUGGGCCAG